AGUCGGACUGGCUCCAGUCCUGUCACAGCAGUGUGGGGCGCCUUUUCUCUUCGCUGGCGCUCUGGGAAUAUUAACUGUUUUCCGAAAACAACCAGCUUCUACACCAACAACUCUUCGUUUUUUUUUUUCUUUAAAACGACUUGCUCUUGUUCCUGCGACCUUAUAGAAAGACUGCUAGAUACAUUUCGCUACAGUGGAAGAGCCGUGGAAACAAUAAGAUUCAGGCACAGCUGCAGCUGAAGCCUGUUCCAACCCUGAAUGCUUACCUGUCUGCAGGAUCGCUGCAGUCAGCAGACUGUUUUGAAGCUGUAAGGCCUGGGGGAAGUUAAUGAGAAGAUUCGAUCAGCUGACACCCCCCACCUCGCUCCUCCACAUCCCUUUGUUCCAACUAUUAUCUUCCUCCAAUGCCAGCGUUGACUUGUGCACUUAACUGGAAGUUUGUUGAAGACUAAGCAUUCUUAAAGGAGGAUCCUCGAAGGGAGGGUUUAGUAUUUGACGGCCCACCAACCGAGCCACUUUGUCCUUCACGCAACAAGACAGAUUGUUACCUUGGAGAAGUAGGAGGAGCACAGAUUACUGGAUCGUUGGACGUGACAAAACUGCGAGUCGGGGGAGCCUACUGUCGACCAUGAGUUUCUAGUGAAGUUUCAUCUUCUGCCAAAAUGAGGCUGACGUCCGGAUCGCCUCGACCCAUCCUGCCAGCCUUUCUGGCUUUCACCGUAGCCGCCUUUUUACCUCAGCUGUCCUCGGGAGCUGCACCGUUUCCACAAGACCUGGAACCAAUCAGCGUCGUGGGCAGAGAAACCUCGUACCUCUACCCCAGCUUUCAGGGGCUCAUGUCGGACAACGACACUAUCCGCCUGGGCCUGGACUUCCAGAGGAUGCUGCGGAUCAACCACAUGCUUUACAUCGCUGCUCGGGACCAUGUUUUUGCAAUCAAUCUUGGCACCUCGUCUGAGCAGAUAAUCCCACAGCAGAAACUGACUUGGAAGACGAAGGAUGUGGCGAAGUGCACUGUGAGAGGGAAGAACAGCGAUGAAUGUUACAACUACAUCAAAGUGCUGGUCCCACGCAAUGACGAGACUCUGUUUGCCUGUGGCACCAAUGCCUUCAAUCCCACCUGCCGUAACUAUAAGAUGUCGAACCUGGAGCAGGAGGGCGAGGAGGUAGUGGGACAGGCUCGGUGUCCCUUCGAAUCCCGCCAGUCUAAUGUCGGCCUUUUCGCAGGUGGUGACUUCUACUCUGCAACAAUGACUGACUUCUUGGCAAGCGAUGCAGUCAUUUACAGAAGUCUGGGAGAAAGUAGUCCUGUUCUGCGUACAGUCAAAUACGACUCCAAGUGGCUCCGAGAACCCCAUUUUCUUCACGCCAUUGAGUACGGGAACUACGUGUACUUUUUCUUCAGCGAGAUUGCGGUGGAGUACACCACCCUCGGCAAGGUCGUUUUCUCCAGGGUUGCACGAGUGUGUAAGAAUGACAACGGGGGUUCCCCGCGGGUCCUGGAACGAUACUGGACAUCUUUCCUGAAAGCCCGGCUGAACUGCUCCGUUCCUGGAGAUUCUUUCUUUUACUUUGACGUUCUGCAGUCGCUGACCAAUGUCCUCCAGAUAAACCACCGGCCUGCGGUCCUUGGAGUUUUUACCACACAAGCAAACAGCAUCACCGGUUCGGCAGUCUGUGGUUUCUACAUGGACGACAUAGAGAAGGCCUUUAAUGGAAAAUUCAAGGAGCAGAGAAACAGUGAGUCAGCAUGGACACCUGUUCUAGAAGAACAAGUCCCAAAGCCGAGGCCAGGCAGCUGUGCAGGCGAAGGCUCUGCAGCCACCUACAAGUCCUCCACCACUUUCCCAGAUGAGACCCUGACCUUCAUCAAGUCCUAUCCGCUCAUGGACGAGUCUGUCCCCUCAGUCAACGACAGACCCUUCUUCACUCGCACCACCAGCAGGUUUAAGUUGACCCAGAUAGCUGUGGACACAUCAGCUGGACCCUAUAAGAACUACACGGUGGUGUUCCUGGGCUCAGAUAACGGCCAUGUUCUGAAGAUCCUGGCCAGCUCCGAAGGAGCCAACGCUUCCUUCAACUCCCAGCUACUGGAAGACAUCGACGUCUACAACCCAAACAAGUGUAACGUGCGCGGGGAGGACAGGAGGGUUCUGGGUCUGGAGCUGGACCGGGAUCAUCACGCUCUCUUUGUGGCAUUCUCCAGCUGUGUGAUCCGAGUCCCGCUCAGCCGCUGCCAUGACUACACAAACUGCAAGAAAAGCUGUUUGUCUUCACGGGACCCUUACUGCAUUUGGCUCAAGUCAGACAGCUGUGUCACAGUCUCACCUGGAUUCAAAGGCGGGUUUGAACAGGACGUGGAGAACGGCUACCAUCAGCAUCCUGAUACCUGUCACGAUGUCUUGGCGACCACACGCAAGCACAACCCAGCACUAGAUUCAGCUUUUGGGAAGACCACACCCACAAGCGCCAGCACCACCCAUCAUGGGGCGGCAUUCCCAAAGGAGGCAGGUGACUCUGAAAGAGGUACAGGUCCUGAUCGCCUUCCCCCUGUGGGGGAACAAGGGUCACCUGACUCAGAGCCAAUCAGUGUGGAAAUGGAGGGUGUGAGACGACCCCCAGAGCUGGACCGAACCAAUCACAGCGUCCAUUACACCCUUUUGAUCGCUUGUGUUUUGGUGGCCUUCGUCCUUGGAGCUUUUGUCUCUGGGUUUCUCGUCUCGUGCUACUGUAACCACACAAGUCACAAGUCCAAAAAAUUAUCAAAGGAUCCAGAAGCCCCAAUCCCACAUGCUCUGUCUCUCCGGAGUCUGGCCAAGCUCAAUGGUCUCCUGGACAGCCAGAGUAAAGAAGACAAGUUGGAGGUAUCAUCUCCAAAGAUCUACAACUCCUUAUUUACCAAUGGUAAGGAGCAUCACCCAGCAAGGAGAUUUGGUCAUCAUGGAAUGACAAUGGGGGAUCUGGUUCAUCCUCACCAUCAUCACCUCCAUCCUUCCUCAGAGCUAUCUGGUUUACCUACACCAGACUCAACCCCAGAACUCCCCAUUAAAAGCAUGAAAGCCUUUAAGAACCAGUGGGAGAAGAACCAGAACUGCAACAAUGCAAAGGAACCAAAGUCUCAUAACAUAAGCUCCAGGCCCAGUUCAGCCCUGCUUCCCCAGCAGGUUUUCCCUUACUCCCAUGGCCUGUCCAACGGACAUCCAGUAGUUGGUCACCUGCAUCCUGAGGAACGCAAAAUCCACAAUGUUGAGCGUGUUUUAGCUCAGCCUUACCCCAGCUACCCUCAGAAGGUGAUGGAGGUUACGUCUCUGGAUGAGCUGCUGAAACACAUUCAUGAUCCAAACGGCAGCAAGACCUCUCAGUUAAUGAGCCCAUCAGGCCUGAUGGCCAGUGGAGGUGGUGGACAACUCGUCUUUGCCAACCGAAUUCAGCCUCAGAUUCCUGAGACAGAAUCGGCACCCUACUACAGCUCAUCCACCCUUCCCCGGGACAGUCUCACCCGCCGCAUGGAUGUUCCUCCUGACAUCCCCUCACACCAUCAGUCCACUUUGGAGCGGAGGCACUCCUCCCAGCGGCACUCGCUGAUUUCUGCAGCUACCAAAAUGCCCAGUGUAGGUGCAGUAGGCGGCGGAGGAAUGAUUCCCCGCCAGCACAGCUUCAGCCAACGAAGCGGCGGACCUCACCAGCCGCCACCACUUUUGGCACGAAUGAACUCUACAGGGAGCGCUUGCGAGAUUCACUAUCCCCUCAUCCCAAAUGGGUACCUCGCACGCCAGCAUAGCUAUACUGGUGAACAGCACGAUAUCCAGCACCGAGGCGCAAUCGUCCGCCGGUCAACCUCUCUCAAACCGGAUGUCCCUCCAAAACCCCUGUUCAUACCUGCCACAUCCCCAGUUAACGAACAGGGCAAGUACAACUACUGAGAAAGGAGCCUCCUGGACUAGAGGAAGUUGCUCUCAUUGUGUCAUCCGUGAGGAACUUCUCUUUGUUGAAAUGCUCUGGGUUUGAGGUUGCAGACCCUGAUCAGACAAUACAACAAAUUGCGUGGUAGCAAGUCUCACUGUGGACAAAAGCCUCAACCAAACUUAUUUCUGCUUUUUUCGUUUUGUUUUGUCCAACAAAUAUCUUUGUACCAUAUUGGUAUUGUUCAGCUUCUUGCUAAUUAUAGAACUGCCGACCUUGGUGACGUGAUGCCACCUUGUUAUAUUAGGCUGCCAAUGUCCUCAAUGUGGAUUUACAAUGCAACUCAGCUUUUGGACAAGUUGAUGAAGGACAAAACUUGACUCAUCACUCAUCCUGAAGACUUAAAAGCCAGAGGCUCCUGCAAUGCUUCAGUUCAUGCUUUUGCUUAACCUUUUUUGAUGUAGUGUUUGUAUCCAGUCCCCUCCCACCCCACCCUCGAAUGUGUUUAUAUUAUGCAUGUGUGUGUAUAUACAGUAUAUGUGUGUUUAUAUCCACACUGUAUAUGUAUACAUAUACAUAUGCAGUAUUUGUAACCUGUGGUGAAAAUUCAACAAAUUCCCCUGAAAGUAUGUUUGUCUUUGCCUUACUUGUACACUCUGUUUGGCCAUACCAAACCUUCUCGCCUAGAAAUAAAUGGGAGACACCAAACCUUGCCGAAACAAAAUUCGACAGCUGGUUGAAGAUACUUUAGCCAUGCACAUACAAUGAAAAUACAUCUCCAUACCAGAUUCCCUUGACUUAUUUCCCCUCAUUUUCUUUUCUCAGCUGAUGUCAUGUCAAAAGUGACAAACUUGGGUCCAUUAAUGUUCCUAAGGAUGUUUCAUUAAGAUUGGUGCUUAAAAAAAGGAAUAUAAACAAGACUACAUACUUUUGGACCUAGAAAACAUGACAAACAUGACACAGCGCAACAACAAUGGACUCCAGUUAUUCUAGGUAUUAACUUUGUGGCUAUUGGUUGUAAAUAAAGAAUUAAUUACUAGCCAAAUUUUAACUGUAUGUGUAAAUGUGUGCCUUAUUUAAUAAUAGUGUGUUAACUGGGGUUGCGGGAGGGUUAACGCAAGGGGCUCAAAUGGCUACUAUGCUACAGUAUAUUGUAGGUGUUUGAUUUUCUACCGUUGCCACUAUUGUUUAUGUGAAGAGUUUCAUUCCAGAAUGAAAGAUCCAGAAUAUAUUCUUGUCACCUAAUUGGACAAAACCUAAAGGUAGUGAUAAAUUCUUAGUAACUGUCUUAUGUUUUGCAUAUUUGGAGUAAUAUUUUUUUUACCCAAGACUUAUUUUGAAAACGUGCCAUUUUUAAUUUGAAGAUGUAUAAACAAAAGACAAUAUUUUUGCACUCAUGCAGUGUUUUGGAAUGAAACGGCUUCAUUUUGUCCUGAUUUUUCUCUCUUAAAUUGUUGGACUUGGAGGCUUGUUUUGGAGGAGUGUUGGGCAAAGAUAAUGCACAGCCUGAGACUGAAGACAUUCAUGUUUGACUGUCUAUGUAUUGGGUCAUCUUUCCUGUAAGUGCCAUUGCUUUAAGCGUUUGUUUUUUUGUGUGUUAUUUUUUUAAGUUUAAAAAGGUGAAGUUCAAAGUUCCACAUAUAAGCCCAUGAACAUCAAUUUCUGUGGCAUAUCUAGGUUUAAUGUAAUGUUUUAUUUCCCAAACAUAUUUAUUCUGGUUGAAAGUAAUAAGUUUGGAUUUGCCCAGUGGGAAUCCUAGAAAAUAUGGAGGGGCCUAACAAUUAUGGUGAUGACAAGGAGUCUUUCCAACCUCAAAGACUUUGAGCUCAUCACCAAAGAUAAUUUACCAAAAUAACACAGAAAUCCUGCUGUAAUCCCAAUAAGGAUUAUUUUAUUGAACUUUGAGAAUGUUGGAAAUAUCUUUUGGUUUCCUCAGUUAAGUUUAAUUGUCUUCUUCUUGAAAGAAAACUUCUUGGUUGAAUCCAAAUAAUUCUGAAUCUAAAUCUGCCAGGGGUAUGAAUAAUUUUGAGCCAUAAUAAGGCAACAAUAGAAGAAGCCACAGGUAUCUCAUUUGGUUAAACAUAAAGUUGAGACUUUCUGAUUCUGUUGAGCAUUUAGCUUUUAUUUGUGAAACAGCUGUUUUCCAAUGUCCUGUUACUGUUUUUUUCUUUUUCAUGAAAAUAAGAAAACAGCUCCACAGCUUCUUCAGGUUUAGAUUUUUGUGUCAUCUUUAAAAAUGCAGAGAAGAAUCCCACAGAAGUGCAACACUCUCUGAUCCGACAAGCUGAGAUUGUUCCUUGUAUAAACUGCUGGGAAUUGUUUGGGAUACAUGCUGCCAAAAGUCUUUCUUGUUUUGAGGGUUUACAUCAGAAAGAGUGCCGCAGUUCGACUCUGCCUCAGAUAUAUCAACCCGUCCAAACCCGCCACUGAUGGACCUUUCAGAAAAGUCCCUGCACUCAAGGUUGACUGAAACCAUGAUCAGUUUCGUAAAAAUUAUCAAUGUGCCAUUUACCGCCUCAAAGAUGAAUGUUUUCUGACUGAGUUAAGUUUGCUAUGGAAAAUGAAACCGGAGAGGCAGAGUUUAAUAUUUGUACCAAUUAUUCUGUAAGAUGAAAGAAAAACAGGGCUCAUUUGGAUAUCAUUAAACACCAUUUCAAACAACAUAUGAUAGGAUAAUAACAGGAAUUGUGGCAGCUACACUGCUGAAGUGAAACUGUUAUGUUUUUUUUUUUUUUUAAACCUGCUGGUCAUAGGUUGAAUGAAAAGUGGAAGUCUCACCUCUAAAAGCUCUGUCAGUAUUUGAUUUUGUGUAAAUACAUUAUCUCUGGGCGGGAUCUCAUUUCAGUAUUAUGUUUUUCUCUUUGAUUUCCAGGCUAUGCCUCUUGACUUCUUAUAAAUUUGGUCUCACAGAAUACCAUUAUAUGUCUCUUAUAAUAGGAAUAAAUAAAAUGCUAAAUAUGAC